AUGUUCAAUUCAAAGAAAUCUCCUUUGAGAGCUGGUAAACCCAACUCUGUUAGUCCUGUCAAUGAUGUUAAACCCUGGUCGAACCCGUUUGAUUCUGAUGAUGAUGAUGAAAAGGAUAACAGAAAGUAUAAUUCCUCAAAGAAGACUUCUUCAGAGCGAGCACUUGUUACACUAGAAGUUAACACCAACCCAUUUGAUGAUAUGGAUGACAAUAAGAAACCUUCAUUGGUUACGAAUGUCCAUCAAUCAGCAGACCGGAACAGGUUUAAGAAUAAAUUUCGUGAUUCUGGUGAUGAUGAUGAAAAGGAUAACAGAAAGUAUAAUUCCUCAAAGAAGAAUUCUUCAGAACGCGCACUAGUUACGCUAGAAGUUAACACCAACCCAUUUGAUGACAUUGAUGACAAUAAGAAACCUUCAUCGGUUACGUAUGCCCACCAAUCAGCAGACAAGAACAGGUUUAAGAAUGAUUUUCACGAUUCUGGUGGAUUAGAGAACCAGUCUGUACAGGAGUUGGAGAGUUAUGCUGUUUACAAGGCUGGGGAGACUACAAAAUCGGUCCACAAUUGUUUGAAGAUAGCAGAGAACAUCAGAGAGGAUGCUACCAAGACUUUAGUCACCCUUCAUCAUCAGGGUGAGCAAAUUACCAGGAGUCACCAAGUCGCUGCAGAUAUUGAUCGAGAUUUAAGUCGGGGAGAAAAGCUUUUGGGAAGUCUUGGUGGUCUCUUCUCCAAAACUUGGAAAGCAAAGAAGACACGAACAAUAACAGGGCCUGUUAUUUUUGGAGAUGAUCUGAUUAGAAGAAAGGGAAACCACUUGGAACAGAGAGAGAAUCUGGGAUUGACUUCUGCAUCCAAAGGGCAGUCUAAGCUGCGGACUCCUCCUCAGGAACCAACAGCUGCACUUGAAAAAGUCGAGUUUGAAAAAGAGAAACAAGAUGAUGCACUGUCAAAUUUAAGUGAUCUUUUGGGAGAGCUUAAAGAUAUAGCUGUUGACAUGGGAUCUGAAAUUGAGAGACAUAACAAAGCCUUGAGUCAUCUAGAUAGUGAUGUGGAUGAGUUGAAUUUCCGAGUGAAAGGAGCUAAUCAACGUGGUCGUCGUUUACUUGGAAAAUAA